CACCUGGCCUCAUACCUAGCCGAACACCUGGCCCGGUGGGCAGUGGCGACCUGGGCCCUCCCUGCACAGGAAUGGAGACAUCGCCUUGGCGACGGCUGCUGUUGAUCCUAACCCUGUUCCUGGUGUUGAAAUCCUCUGGGACCAAUUUCCCGAGCAAUGGAGAAACUACUACAGCAACAGAGACCUCAUUCACCAGCCCUACGAUUUCUUCCUCCUACUCCAGCUUCUCAAGUCCUGGGGACACCUCCACCCCUCAGUCCAGCUCCCCAGGCACUGAGGCUGCCAGCCCAUCCCAGGUCCCCACAGCCCAGCCCAGCCCUUCCCCAGCAGGUUCUGGGACUGCCUCUGGCAUCCCGUACCCCACGACAGUCACCCACUCUGGCUCAGAGUUCUCGAGCUCAGCGUUCACUCCAGUGUCCGACUCCGCAUCCCCGAUCCCGCCCUGGAUCCCCCCGUCCUCCGUGCCCGCCCUAGGGGACACGCAGACCCGCGUGUCACACCGAAACCCCGGCGUGGUGGUAGCCGUGUGUCUGCUGGUGUCCCUGGUGCUCAUUGGGUCCGUGUUGCUAGUCGUGAGACGCCGCCACCGCGACACGUCUGAGUUCCUCGUGUUGGACGAGGUGUCCAUGGAUGGCUUGAGCCGACGGCUGUCCAUCACCCCACUGCCCCCCGAGUAACCACGGCUGGGCUGGGAGAUACAAAGGUUUCAAGCUGGGCACCCCGGAUGGCUUGGCCGAGGCCCGCAGCUGGCAUCACUGGCGCGGGGGAGAUGGGCGGAGCUGCGCCCUGGCUCCUCUUCUCCGGAGGCUGAGGCAGGAGGGUUGUGUGAGCCUAGCAGUUCAAGACCAAC